AUGAAUACAAAUGACAUUAUAUAUUAACAGUAGCAAGAACAAAUAGAAAGAUAACCGAAUUGUUUAGAGAAGUUAUGUUCUUGUAUUUACUUUUUUCAUAAAAAAACCCAUAAAACGAAUUAAAAGUAUCAACUAGGAAUAGAUUCCCCAAAAUCACAUGUAAAAUCGAAAUAUAUAUAUAUGAGUGUAAAAAGGUUUGUGUUUUAGAUUUAGAUGAAACAUUGGUCCAUAGUUAAUUUAAGCCAGAUAAUGGCUAUGAUUUUUUAAUAGAUGUAAGAAUGCAGAAUAUAUUAGAUCAUAGUCUAAAGUUAAUUGUUUAAAGUAUUUGUGACACUAAGACCGGGAGUAGAAAACUUCAUCGAAAAUUUAAGCGAAUACUAUGAAAUAAUAAUGUGGACUGCAAGUUUGAAAGAGUAUGCAGAUCCGGUGAUGAAUAUUAUAGAUCCAUAACGAAGAGCAUUAACAAGGUUGUAUAGAUAAAGUUGUACUUCAAUUUAAGGGGGGCUAACAAAAAAUUUACACAAAUUGGGCAGGAAUUUAAAAGAUGUUUUAAUUGUUGAUGUAUAAGAUCAUAAUUGUAUAAUAUCUUAGAAUUCAUAGAUGUCAUUUAUAUUUUAACCAGAGAAUGGAUUUUUGAUCAAAGAUUUCACUACAGAUAAGAAUGAUACUGAACUUGAGUCUCUAUUACCAUUUCUUAUUUGGUUAAGUUAGGUAUUUAAUGUUUGAAAUAUUAAGUAAAGUGAUGUUCGUCCAGUCUCUUAAUUAUAUAAAUAAUAUGCUAUGAAUGAGUUGAAAUAAAAGAAGCAUUCAAAAAGACUGAUACUUUCUUAAACUAUGAUUUUAAACAACCAGAGCAAAAAAAACAAGGUUGAUGUCCAAAUAUAAAGAACUCACACUGCUAAUUAUUGUGAUGGAGAGGAAAUUGAAUUGAGAGCUGAUGCAAAUCUUAAUUCUCCUAAGUUAGAAAUUAAAUUGGAUGAUUAAACAGAUGAUGAGAGUAGGGAAAUAUUUGAGAUUAGUAGUUGUUGA